AUGUCGGGCCCACAGCCUCAGUUCAUGACGAAUGGUUGCAACAGAACUCACCCCAAUGACGAUAUUGAAUAUGAUCAGAUUGUUGUAUCCGAUAGAAAUAGCUGGAAAAACUUGUUUUCUUAUAUGGGUCCCGGCUUCCUUGUUUCGAUUGCCUAUAUCGAUCCUGGAAACUUUCAAACUGACCUUCAGUCGGGAGCCCAGUACAAGUAUGGGCUACUAUGGAUUAUAUUGUUAGCUUCAGUUGCUGCUCUUGUCAUUCAAUCCCUUGCGGCAAACCUGGGAGUUGUCACGGGGAAGCAUUUGGCCGAGCACUGCCGGCUGGAAUACCCGAAAAUCCCUAAUUUAUUUUUGUGGAUUCUUGCUGAAAUUGCUAUAGUCGCCUGUGACAUUCCUGAAGUUAUAGGAACAGCAUUUGCACUGAACAUGCUCUUUGGAAUACCAUUGUGGUGUGGUGUGCUUAUCACGGGCCUCAGUACAUUAGUCCUUCUACUACUACAGCAAUACGGGGUGAGGAAGCUUGAGAUAUUUAUUGCUUUCCUCGUGUUCACAAUCGCCGGUUGCUUCUUUGUCGAGUUUGGGUACGCGAAGCCGAAAGCUUCAGAAGUCUUAAAUGGCUUAUUUGUUCCCCAACUCAGAGGAAGUGGAGCCACAGGCCUAGCUAUUUCAUUACUCGGUGCUAUGGUCAUGCCGCAUAAUCUUUUUCUGCAUUCAGCACUCGUGCUUUCGAGGAAAAUCCCAAGAUCUGAGGCGUGCAGGUUUUACUUGGUUGAGAGUGGUUUUGCUUUACUUGUUGCAUUUCUUAUCAACGUAUCAGUUAUCUCAGUAAGUGGUGCGGUUUGCAACUCACCAAAUCUGAACUCAAAGGACCUCGAGAGCUGCAAAAACCUCGACUUAAAUGAAGCCUCAUUUUUACUCAAAAAUGUCUUAGGCAAUUGGAGUUCAAAACUUUUUGCCAUUGCCUUGUUAGCAUCUGGUCAAAGUUCUACCAUAACCGGAACAUACGCCGGGCAGUAUGUUAUGCAGGGCUUCCUUGAUUUGAGGCUCAAACCGUGGAUAAGGAACUUUUUGACCCGGUGCUUAGCUAUUGUCCCUAGUCUCAUUGUGACAAUUAUUGGUGGAUCUUCAGGGGCUGGAAACUUGAUUAUUAUAGCUUCGAUGGUCUUAUCGUUUGAACUCCCGUUUGCAUUAAUUCCGCUUCUCAAGUUCACAAGUUGCAAGGCCAAGAUGGGGUUGUAUGCUAACUCAAUUGCUAUUUCAGCCACUACUUGGAUCAUAGGCUCCUUAAUUAUGGGCAUAAACAUAUACUAUCUUGCUGAGAAACUGGUGACUUCCCUUAGUCAUAGCCAUUUGAAGAUUGUGGGCAUUGUGUUGUGUGGAGUUUUGGGAGUUUUGGGUAUGUUGAUUUACGUAGGCAGUAUUGCAUAUUUGGUGAUUCGCAAAAACAGAGAGGGCUCCCAACUUAUUAUAGCGCUCACGGCCUCCCAAAGUAACCUGCCUAGAGAGGACAUUGUUAAUAUGCAAUUGCCUUCAAGGAGGACUUGA